CUUUGAAUACCACGUGAUCCACUCAUCAUUCGAUUAUGGAGAUCCUGAUAAAGUCACGUGCAUUACCAGUCCCCUGGCCUCCAGUGCCGCCUUCAUAUCACAUGACAGUCAUGCUUGCCAAGACUCGUCAAAACUGGUGCCUUCCGCGCCUAGGCCUUGAGCGGCGUAUCGGACAAACCAUCCUCCGCCAUUCAGAUUGCAGCCAUGUGUUCCAUAUUGUUGGCGGCAAGAGCGUUCGGGGCCCAAGUACGCACGGAAGGUAGUCAAGCGCCCAUCCCCGCAGUUGUAAGUUUGUCCAGUUGUUGUGGGAUCAGCAGAAACCCAGCGGAUUACCACACCUUGAAACCUUCGUGAUCUUCCAACCACCUUUUCCAUCUCGGCUAUGCACGGUUGGACAACACUCUAAUUACCAAUGUCUUCCGAUUCUCUUCUCCUUAUCACGGUAUAGAGUAGUCAACAAGCAUGGCCCCGCCCUUUGACAACUCCUGACCAUCUCGAGAUACCAGUCUCCCAAUCCCAAAUGGAAGACCCUCGUCCAGCUUACUCCACUCCACCGACGGUACGUCGCCGGAGGGCUGCCGCAUGUGAACGCUGUAAUAAGCGCAGAGUUCGAUGUGAUGCUUCCACGAAUGGAAUGCCCUGUUCGGAAUGCAAACGUUCAAAUUCAUCCAAUUGCAGGCUCGUCCAGUCAAAGCGCACCAGGUAAACCCAAGCCAGACCCAUCUCAGCCUGCUCCUAACACAAACCCUUCAGAGGUCCAGAUGGCCGUUAUGUUCUGCCUGAGCAGCUUGAGAAAUUUUCGUCAGGCAGUCCAACCACCCCGGAGGGGGAUGCUGCGAAAGCUCUAGACAAGAAUCUUACUAAAAGCACUCAUCAAGCAGAGGUCCAAGUCGAUCUUGCAAAGCUAGUCGGUGCUGAAGAUGGCCACUCUGGCGAGGAAUCCACCGAUCAACGUAUCCAGCGAGCCACCGUUCGAAAUGGCUCUGAUGAGGAAGCCUCCACGGAGCAAGUCGACUCAAAGGCCAAUUUUGUUGGCGAAAGCUGGUUCACCUCGUAUGUUCUAAGCGCAUCGGGUACAGGUCACUCAGAGCUGCAUCGCCCAGUUGAGCGUCGCUCCAAGAGCAUGUCUAAAUCUUCUACCAACCAAGCUCAGAGCGAGGUGAAAGAUCCCGCUCCAGUCAGAAAGGAGCCUCCUGCUGAUCUUCCACCUCAACAUCUAACUGAACGUCUUCUCGAGGCUUAUUUCAAGCGCUUCCAUUGUUUAGUUCCAAUCCUGGACAAAGCCGAAUUUCUCUCGUCAGUUCGCGAGGGCACCGUCUCCAUAACUCUGCUCAGGAGUGUUCUUUUUGUCGCUUCCAUACAUUGUGAACCUGAGGUCUAUCAUCUCAUGGGCUACAGCACUCGGCUCGAUGCAGGUGAUGAGCUUUUCAGCAAGGCCUGUUCGGCCUUUGAUAACGAUCGCGGUUCUGAUCGUACCACCAUGAUAUUGGCGUCCUUCCUCAACCAGUACUUCUUUGGCCGGCCAACCGAAUAUCGCGACGCCCUUUGGUGGAUCAGCAAUGCCAUUCGCAGUGCUCAAUGUAUGGGUUAUCAUCGCAGUACUGCAGAUAGUAAGAUGUCGGCACGACACAAGGCGCAGUGGAAGAGAGUAUGGUGGUGUUUAUAUAUGCGCGACCGUCAGAUAGCUCUUGCAAUGGGCGUUCCCAUGGUCAUCAACGACCUGGACUUCGACGUGGAAGAAUUGACCCUAGACGACUUUCCAGAUGAGCCUCGCGACGCCGCAUUAUACAUCAUCACUCAGGCAUCACUCAGUAGACAAGUGUCAUCCUUAUUCUUUGCCUACUGCUGUCCGAAACGGCUGCCACUCAGCCAUGACCCUGUCUUCCGGCAUUCCGCUCGCCAGGAUAUCCAGACCAAGUUCGAAGAGUGGCAUGCAAAUGCUCCAGUCAUCAACCCUUCUGGAGGCCCUCACCACCUGAAUCUCACACUACAAGUCUGUUAUCACUUUUAUCGACAGACCUUACAACAACGACUGCAACGAUUGUGUCCUAAGCCUUUUGCCGACUCCGAAGGGUCAAAAUUGAUUCUCGACGCGGCAAAUAAAGUGUCCAGCCACGUCGAAGAUUCACUGCUAUACUUUACGCCACAACAUUUUCCAAUGAUGUAUAUAACUGCAAUCUUCACAGCAAUGACUGCGCAUGUGGCCGAGUGCGGGAUCUCUGGUCUCGUGCGCGAUCAGUUGUCACAGAAGCUCCGCCCGAAUCUGUUGGCCCUAAAGCAAUUCGAGACCACCUUUAUUCUUGCCAGGUGGAUUCGCAAUCUCUUCAUGGACAUCAUCAACCGGCCUACGCGGCAAGCCGUCCAUCGCACACGUCACCAACAAGAGCACCCGCCUAACACAAACCGCUCCUCAUUUGAACAACCUAACCCUGUCACAACCAGUCCUCACUCUCAAAUUCAACAUCAGCUCCCCAAUCAAAACCCACAUGCGGUAACAUCUGCUGGUCAUUCAUUCGCAACCACUGACCAAGUUGCGCCGACGUCUAUUGACGAUGCUACAUACUUCUAUGACUCGAGCAGUUACGAUCCGGGAACAUCGCCCUCAACGAUCAUGGGGAACUUCGUUCCAAAUUUCAUUACCAACGAAUAUCUCCAUCCACAACAAGGCAGUGGUGAUAUGUCCGGCAUGAACAUGAUCGACUUUCCCAGUCCAAGUACUUUGGAAUAUCAAAGCUUGCACUUUCUAGCAGAUCUAGGCCUUUCGGGUUUUAACAACUAUCAAUGACUCCUCAAUUUAGAGGACAAGGCCGAUCCGGGAGUCGGAAGUACAACAAAGAGGCAUAUAGAAAUAUGCUACAUAUUGAGCCCUGGGGACUUGCGCCCGAAAAGUUGUCAUAUUAUCUAGUUGAGCAAUCGCCCCAGCUGUUGCUCCCGCCUUCAAUAACAACGGCAGCAGCAUUUUCAUCAGGGCCAUGAGAUUCAUCUGGUACCCGACUGGCGAUCUAUUUGUCCUGCCCAUUCAACUCCACCAAGUGUCUGACGAUAUCGAAAACCGUACCUUCAUCCUCAGGGGUCCCCGAGGCGUCGAUUCUGGUCUUCAAUUCAUCGUCUAGCAAAACCCUCAACCUACUCGCAAGGACUCCAAUCCUUGCCCAGCCCUUCAAUUUGAACCAGCCAUCGACGACCACACCCAAGCCAGAGGUGUCGACCUCGAUCUUCCCACCAAAUAACAACAAUGCAUACGCAUUGAGGGGUGUCAAGUCGCGCAUAAAAGUUUUGGAAGUGGCCAUUUUGGUAAAAUAACUGACAAAGGUCGCCGCGCCGGAGAAGGACUGGGCGUCGAAUAAGACACUGCUUGGGUGGACGAAGACACGGCCGUUGUCCUCAGUGAAGUAUUUGAUCGUCUUGGCUUCCGGGUCGAGUUCUUUGGCGCCGCUCAUGGACGCGAUAUAUUUCUUGUCUGGCAUUUGGAUACGCGCGAUUUGAGGAUUGAGCGAACCUGCAAUGACGGCCCGGAGAAGCAUUGUGCUUGAAUUAUGACGAUUAUGCAUUGUAGCAUCCGUCGAAUAGCCCGAGGAUAGCAGACCCGCCUCGAUCAGGGAGUCAAGCAAUUGUCGUCGGGUCGAGUCUAUGUCGCGUAGUGUUUGCAGGGAAAGGAAUCGGGCAGAACACCAAGUUUGAAGGUCUCGGUGUCGAAGGACAGACGAUUGUUGUUUCCACUGAUCGAAGGCGGUACUGGCCAGGAGAAGAUCACCAUCGACAGUUGGAAAGGAAAGACGCGCCUCUUUAGCCUCCUCCCGCUUAUCUUGAGGCGACACAAAGGGAUUUUUGGUGGAUAGAAUAGCUGCAAUCGUCAGACACGUCUCGACACACUCGAACAAGACGCCGUAGAUGAUCAACUUGGCACACCUCAGAUCCGCAGGAAUCAUCGACAUGUAAGUCCCGAGA